AUGCUAGAGCUUUUUAUUCUUACUGGCCCAGUUUUGGCUGUCUGGAACAAUGUUACAGACAUUCUCCAUCAAGUGGAUAAGAGCAGCCGCAUCCAAGUCGUCCGUCUUCGUACUAGCGACCGAGUGCGCGUUGUCGGAAUCCUCAUCCCAUCCAACUGCGCACAGACACUCGUCAAGACACUCGAAAAGAUCCAGGAGAAAAACAAGCCCAAGAUUAAGUCGAAAGUUGGGCGAAAGAAGAAAGUACCAGUGGAGAUCGCAGCACCAGCUCCAACUCAAACUCAGGCUAUGAACAGAGACCGCGAGCUGGAACUCAUGGCCUCACAGGUUAUCAACGAAGCAAGCGGUGCUGCGAUUUCACCACACGUCGGAAGUGUUGGCAAUUCAUCGUCGGGAUUCGAUGAGCCGCGAGAUGAAGAGAUCUCGGAAGAACAGCGACAGAAAGAGUUCGCUAUGAUGGACGAAGAGGCCCGCGACGCGGAAUUCGAGCGCCUUGCUGCCCAAAUGAUUAUGGAAAACGAAAUGGAAGAAGAAGACGACUUCUUCUAA